UCCCCCUUAGGUUAGUGGAACAGACUGGGGACAAGCUGAAACUAUGUAUACCCUCUAUGAGGUUCUGUUAAAGGUUCACAAGCUAUGUGUGACGGAGGACUGUUGGAUCCAGGCCAAGUUCUACCUCGGCCUCCAGCAGGAUGAGGAUCUGCAGGACGGCGAGCCUUUCUGUUUCAGUAUCCUGGUCGGCCACGGCCAGAGUCACACCUUCAGUGUGGACAUGACCUCUGACCUCGCCGUGUGGGAGAAGUCCUUCCAAAGAGCCGUCUUCAUGGAGGUGCAGAGAGUAGSGUCAAAGACCUACAUGUGCAGCAGCCAGGGUAAAGUACUGUGUUUGACCAUAGACUUUGGAUCUGGUUUCACUUGUUCUGAGAGCUCCUCGAAGAAUAUAUUAUGGAGAUACAAAUUCUCUCAACUGAAAGGAUCCUCUGAUGAUGGGAAAACAAGGGUGAAACUCCUCUUCAAGAAUGCUGAAAACAAACAGAUAGAGAUGAAGGAGCUGGAGUUUGCCAAUCUGACCGCAGUCCUCCAUUGUAUUUCUUCUUUUAUGGCUGCCAAAGUGGCCUCUGUGGACCCUGUCUUUGUCAAGUGUCAAAGCAUCUCUGGAAAGUACAUGAGUUAGACACUUCCUGGUGUUGUCGUGUACAUUUUAGUCACAUAAGCUAAUCGACUAUUUUAUGCACAUUCAAAUGAUAUGUAUAUCUUGUUCCUGUUAUUUUUGUAAGGCUCUUAUUAAAUAAGAAAAAAAWAUAUAUAUAAAAAAAAACAUAUCUGACUGGAAGUAAAGGAUAUUUAUAUUUGCAUUAAUCGGUUGGUAUUGACAUUUGAGUAUGAAUAUGCUAAAGAUUGUUUAAUUUUGUCCAUGUAGAAAAACAUCUGUCACAAAAAAUGGUUUCUAUGUUUGUUCAUGUGUAUAGACACGGCACAGUUUUCAAUUCAUGCGUAGAUGCAAGUUAACUUAAAAGCAGAACCGAUAAAACAACUGUUGUACUGUACUAAUCAACACACAUGCAAACAUUUGGGAAUGUGUAUUCUGCUGGGCUAUACGAUCUCUGGUUGUUCUACAGAUGUCGUGGCUGCAGCGUGACUUUGGGGAAAAGAGUGUCUGAAGAGUGUGUGUUGAGGCCCGCAAAUGCAAGGCCUUGGGGCAGGCUUUCAUAACCCCAGAGGGUAUUUUAGUUUUGUAUUUCAGUGUAUACAGUCACUGCUAGUCACUGAUAUGCUCAGUGACACCAAACGGUGUCAGGACAAACACUGGGGAAGAAGAUGUAGACGUAUUGUAGCAGUGGUAUCUCAGUGUAUCUGUCAGGUGAUUUAAAAAAAUGUUGCGUUCUAAAGAUAAAUCAACAUUUGUUUUAUGUUUUGUAGUCCUUUACUUUGUAUGUAGCCAUGC